GUGGCCGCGUCCUUCCACUUCCACGCACGUGGGUUCCUGAGCGCCCGCGUUGGAGCGACCAAGAGUGCAGAUCCACCCACACGCUGUUCCCCAGGCUGGAAUGAACCGCUUUCUGCUGCCCGUGUCCGUAGUGGGCACGGUGAUCGGCGGCACCGUGCUGCUCAAGGACUAUGUUACUGGUGGGGCUUGUCCCAGCAAGGCCACCAUACCUGGGAAGACUGUCAUCGUGACAGGAGCCAACACGGGUAUCGGCAAACAAACUGCUUUGGAACUGGCUAAAAGAGGAGGCAACAUCAUUCUGGCCUGUCGUGACAUGGAGAAGUGUGAGGCGGCUGCGAAGGACAUUCGUGGAGAGACCUUGAAUCCCCGAGUACGUGCCCAGCACCUAGACUUGGCUUCCCUGAAGUCCAUCCGAGAGUUUGCCAGGAGGAUCAUCAAAGAGGAGGAGCGAGUGGACAUUCUGGUCAACAAUGCAGCCGUGAUGCGGUGCCCACACUGGACCACGGAGGAUGGCUUUGAGAUGCAGUUUGGUGUCAACCACCUGGGUCACUUUCUGUUGACAAACUUGCUGUUGGAGAAGCUGAAGGCCUCAGCCCCUUCACGUAUCAUCAACCUCUCAUCCCUGGCUCACGUUGCUGGGCACAUAGACUUUGAUGAUUUGAACUGGAAGACGAAAAAGUAUGACACCAAGGCGGCCUACUGCCAGAGCAAGUUGGCUGUUGUCCUCUUCACCAAGGAGCUGAGUCGCCGGCUACAAGGCACAGGUGUGACUGCCAAUGCUCUGCACCCCGGUGUGGCCAGGACAGAGCUGGGAAGACAUACAGACAUACACAACUCUGCCUUCUCCAGCUUCACACUUGGACCCUUCUUCUGGCUGCUGUUCAAGACUCCCCAGCUGGCGGCGCAGCCCAGCACGUACUUGGCGGUGGCCGAGGAACUGGAGAGUGUUUCUGGGAAGUACUUUGAUGGACUCAGAGAGAAGGCUCCAUCUCCUGAGGCGGAAGAUGAGGAAGUAGCCCGGAGGCUUUGGGCUGAAAGUGCCCACUUGGUGGGCUUGGACAUGGCUCAUGGGUCCCCUGGGAGGGGACAUUCCCUCCCCAGAUAACCUUCAAAUAUCCAGAUGGAGCUGCAUCACCAUGACUGCUGGCCGCCAUGCCCUCAUCGUCCUCUAGGGGCAGUGUUGGCGCUGUUAGACUCUAAGACCAUGACUGCUGGCCGCCAUGCCCUCAUCGUCCUCUAGGGGCAGUGUUGACACUGUUAGACUCUAAAGACCAUGACUGCUGGCCGCCAUG